AGCGGCGUCAGAGCGCGGCAGCCCCGCGGACUCACGGUCAUGUGACUGGCUCUGUGCCCGGUGCAUCAUGGGAGAUGCGGUCCAGACCGAGGGCCACGCCCUCCUGAAGGCGGUGUCUCAGGGGAAGCUGCGAUUGGCCCGUCUGCUGCUGGAGGGCGGGGCUUACAUUAACGAGGGAAACGAGCGCGGCGAGACGGCGCUGAGCGCGGCGUGCACGUACGGGGACGCUCACGUGCGCACUCGUAUGGUGCGAUACCUCCUGGAGCAGGGCGCCGACCCCAACAUGGCCGACAGCGGCGGGCGCACGGCGCUCAUGCACGCCGUGCACCAGCGCGCGGGCGUGCACGUGGUGUCUCUGUUACUGAAACACGGAGCCGACCCGAGUCUGAAGGACUACGGCGGAGACAGCGCCCUCACCCGCGCCCUCGUCCACGCCCUCAGGGACGCCCACGAGCCCGACCGCCCCACGCUGCGCCUCCUGCUGGACGCCUGUGAGCAAAGAGGUCAUGAGGUCCUGAUCCUGACCUGCUGCAACGACAGAGGACAACGCACCGUGAGACAGUACCACCACACACCUCCAGACGGACACCAUGAGAAGAUCCAGGAGAGGAACCAAGAGAAGAUCCAGGACAGACCCCACAUGAGACAGGCUCCCACAGCUCCAGAGAAGAACCACAUGAGAUACAUCUGCACAGCUCCAGAGAGGAACCAGGAGAGGAACCAGGAGAAGAUUCAGGAGAAGAAACAGGCUGGAGCAACCCUGAUGGUCACAGAGUCUCAGAGGGACUCGGACUCAGCUCAGAGCGUCAGCCCCGCCCCCGAGCCCCUGUCGGCCGCCUCCCCCUCGGACGUGCACGUAGCGAGUGCGCACGGAGAGGGCGUAUUCAGCUUCAGCGUGGCUCCGCCCAGGCCCCGCCCCCCCAGGGUCCGAGUCCUGAAGAGGCUGAACUCUGAGCCGUGGGGACUGAGCGCGCCCAGAGCUCCGGCCCCGCCUCCCACACAGGAGGAGGUGGAGCUUCAGAAGCCGCCCUCAUUGGCCGAUCGUCCUCAGAGAAGACACAGCAUCGAGACGCACGACCCCGGCCACGGCGAGACGCUGACGGAGACGCUGACGGAGACGCUGACGGAGACGCUGACGGAGAGGCCGACGCUCGCCGACGAGACGAGCCUGGAGCUGCAGGACUCAGACGGUGGGGGCGCUGAAGACGAUGCUGCUCAGUCUUUCCGACGCCGUUUCCUCCCGCCUCCGCUCGUCGGUUCAUCAGAGAAUCUGUCAAACUCCUCAUCGCCAUUAGCGACACGCCGCGGGCGCCAGGGGGCGGGGCUUCUGGAGCGCCGCGGCUCCGGGACGCUGCUAUUGGACCACCUCUCCCAGCCCCGCCCCGGCUUCCUCCCGCCGCUCUUCAACCCUCAGCGGCCGAUCCCGGACAUCCGCACCGCCAACCCCGCCCCCUGCGGCCCUGGCCCUGCCCCCGGCCCCGCCUCCAAACGAGAACUGAGGAAAAAACUGCUGCGACGCCACUCGAUGCAACCGGAGCAGAUGAAGCUGCUGUCCGUGUUUCAGCACGUGCUCAGUGAGAACGAAGAGAAGUGA